AUGGGUUCUCAAAUGGCCUCUUUUACUCUCACUAUUGUAUUGACAAUACUCUCUCUCACCUUGCCAUCUCAAGCAAACAACUACAUAUAUUCAUCUCCACCACCACCACCUAAGCCUUACUACUACCAUUCUCCACCACCGCCGGUGCACUCACCUCCUCCACCUUAUCAUUACAGUUCACCACCACCACCAGUGCAUUCACCUCCUCCACCUUAUCAUUACAGUUCACCACCUCCACCAAAGAAGUCGUACAAAUACUCUUCUCCUCCACCACCAGUUUACAAGUAUAAAUCACCACCUCCACCACCUAAGAAAUCAUACAAAUACCUGUCACCACCACCACCGGUUUAUAAGUACAACUCACCUCCUCCUCCUUACAAACACAUAUCUCCUCCAACACCUGGAAAACCAUUCAAAUUCCCACCCCCUCCAACACCUAUUUACAAAUAUAAAUCUCCUCCUCCUCCUCCUUACAAGCACAUAUCUCCUCCAACACCUGGAAAGCCAUUCAAGUUUCCACCUCCACCAACACCCGUUUACAAAUAUAAGUCUCCUCCUCCUCCUCCUUACAAACACAUAUCUCCACCAACACCCGGAAAGCCAUUCAAACGCCCACCUCCACCAACACCCGUUUACAAAUAUAAGUCUCCUCCUCCUCCUCCUUACAAACACAUAUCUCCUCCAACACCCGGAAAGCCAUUCAAACGCCCACCUCCACCAACACCCAUUUACAAAUAUAAGUCUCCUCCUCCUCCUUACAGACACAUAUCUCCUCCAACACCCGGAAAGCCAUUCAAACGCCCACCUCCACCAACACCCAUUUAUAAAUAUAAGUCUCCUCCUCCCCCUGUCUAUUCACCACCAUCCGUUUAUAAAUAUAAAUCUCCUCCCCCACCGGUUUAUUCACCACCUCCCCCACACUAUGUCUACUCUUCACCUCCUCCACCAGUCUAUUCCCCACCUCCACCACAUUACAUCUAUGCAUCACCUCCUCCUCCUUACCACUACUAG